UAUAAUCAGAAAUCAAUUAAGAUUCCUGUCCAAUUGUUCUCAUCUUGAAGUACGCAUCAGGCAGUCGCUUAACAAAAGAAUUUCGCAAUAAAGUGCAAGCAAUAAGUAUAAUGAUUAUUAUCGUAACGCUUCUGUACUGCCUUGCUAGUUUUUGUAGUGCCCGACCUAACAUCGAUAUUGGGCCGCAAAAUGUGGUGACGGUUCCUUCGAAUUGUCCCGAAGGACAGGCGUGGGUGAACGGAGAAUGUCGUGACAUUUGGAGAGUUACUGCUGCACCUGCUAACGUUUUCACAGUACCAGCCAACUGUGGUCCAGGACAAGCUUAUGUCAAUGGACAAUGCCGUGACAUCUGGAUCAAAGCUCUUCUAGCGCAAAAUUAUGCCAGUGGAAGUCAAUUGGAAUAUAGCGAUAAUUCACCGAAAAAUGUAGUGACUGUGCCACCUAACUGUCGCCCCGGCCAACAGUGGAUUAAUGGAUCCUGUCGCGAUAUAUGGAAGAGGACACCUAACACGAAAAAUGUUGUGACGGUUCCCCCUAACUGUCCUCCAGGACAACAAUACGUCAAUGGUCAAUGCCGUGAUGUGUGGAGAAGAUUGCAAAUUCAAUACGAGGCCUUGUCUGAUGUUAGCGAUUCCAAUAGAAAUAUUAUAAGUGUUCCUAGCCAAUGUCCUUCUGGGUACAAACCUGAUGCUCUUGGAAAUUGCCGGCCAAUCCUUGCCAAUUUCUAAUUUCUUAAUCACCUAAAUAAAUAUUAAGAGUAUCUACUUGCCUAAAAAUUAAACCGUACUUAUGCCUAAUAAAUCCUAUUGAAAGCUA